AUGUUGGUGCGGUCCGUCUCCCCGGAUGGGGUCCUCGAGACCCCUCAUGGUGCCUCGCUGCCGUUCACGCUGUGGGGUGAGAAUUUACUGAUUGGAAGAUCCGUGGUUCGUACUCGACCUAUGCAUCUCGACUUCCCUUUUCUAGGCUUGAGCAACCUGGCAGUAUCCAAGACCUUGUGCUUUCUUCUGGGCACACCACUUGAUUCCAUGGUGCGCGCACGGCUGACAGUUCGUUUCCCUUCAGGCCCUCGCAAGUCGGCACGAAACAUGCCAAUCCACCAACUUCGAAGAACUUCCGUAGCUCAACAGUAUCGAUCUGAGCAGGGCCAACAACUCUUCACAGUAAAACAAUACUGUGGUGGCAGUGAGCAUGCGGAUGAAGCGUGGCAGAAUGUGAAAGGAGCUAUGCGAGAGGCAUUCAGUGCUGCCUGCCCGACUUCUCCAAUUCGACGACAAGGCCACUGGAUGUCGUCGAGGUCGUUAUCCAUGACUGAUGCCAGGAAAGCCACACCAGCAGGCAAGGAGUACGACGGCGCACGCAAGUCCCUCAAACGCCAAAUAGUGAAGAGUCUAAAGAAAGAUCGAAAGCUCUGGUGGACAUCGAAAGCUCGAAAGAUGGAGAAGGCCUUUGCUACGGGAAACAGCCGUGUCCUUUAUCAACUAAUCCGAGCGACUGGCCUGAAAAAAGAUGGCUCAUUAAUCCAAUCGCAAAAACGUCAACUGGAGAGAGGGGCCGAACACUUCGAAGAGCAGUUCAGCUGGCCUCCUGGAACACAGCCGAUGGAGAUAAUGCAUACGGGCGAAUGGAAUCUAAACCUUGAUCGCCCUUCAGAAGAAGAUAUAGGGUACGAAAUAGCCGCACUGAAAGGUGAGAAGGCACUAGGACCGGACGGUCUGUAUUUAGCCCUCUUCAAAGAAGGCGGAAAAUCCCUGAUGACCCACCUGACAAAGCUUAUUGGUACUAUGUGGGACGAAGAGGAAGUGCCUGCAGAAUGGGGCAUGUCGACGGUUAUCCCCAUCUUCAAAAAGAGUACGCGGACGCUAUGUGAAAACCACCGUGGCAUCAGCCUGUUAGCUGUGGCAUCGAAGGUGCUCUCUGGCCUUAUCCUUCGAAGGUUGACUGAACACAAAGAGAAGCAGAUCCGUGAAAACCAAGCUGGGUUUCGUCCUGCAAGAGGUUGCAUCGACCACAUCUUCGCCCUCCGACAGAUUCGGGAAGAGCGACACUGCUUCCAGCAACCAACAAUGGUUGUUUUCCAGUGGUGUCCGACAAGGCUGUCUUGUUUCACCUUUCCUCUUCAACUUUGUGAUUGA